ACCCUGAACUGAGGCGACAGAGCGGCAUCGGAGAGCCUUCAACAGCAUCAGCAUCAAGCAAGCUCAGUCAAGUAACAGCACAAGCACAAGCACAAGCACAAGCACAAGCACAUCGACUACAACCUUAUUAAACGCAACAUAACAAGAAUUCGACCUUCGUGAGGCAAAAUCAGCAACUUGGAUCUUUGUCUGCCUUGUACCCAUUGAAGCCGUGCUAUCCUUCUUGUACCUUACUCACCAGCUCAGAUCGAUCUCGCAUUCAUCGCAUCGUCUCUUUUACUGCACAGCACUUGAGCACAAUGCCAGGAGUCUCUACUAGAAUGCUCAGAUUACAGGCAGCAAAGACUCAUUCGACUGCAAUCUCUCAUCCUCCUUCGGGUACCUCGGAGGAAAGUGAAGAGCACCACGUGCUCUGCAGAACUUCCUCUGCGUACGAACCCUACUGCGUUGGCGUUGCUACACGGAAGUACAGGAAAUGUGUGAUCGGUGCCCCUCAUCAAGUUGGGAUUCAUUAAUGUAUGUCAUGCAAGUAACUGAUGCAUCAGGCUCAGUUAAAUUCAUCAGUUUAUUUCUAGGCUCAUUGUACGAUAGGAACGACUCCUUCAUUUGUAUUGUUUUUCCCGUCAUCACAAGGAUUUUUGACGUUGUUUCUUCUGUUUUCAUUAGUAAAGCUGUUUUACAAGCAUGUAACUAGG